CCUUCCGCACUGGUUUCUAGCGCAGGCGCAGGCGCGGAAGCUGCAGCCGCUCCCGCCCCGGUGCCUCCGCCGCUUCUCGCGCUCAUGGACAACAUGGAGCUCUUCGGUGAGCAGCAGAAGCCGGCGGACUCUGCCGGCGAUAACGGGCCGCUGGGCGACAUCGACGAGGAUCCUGCCGCCGCUUUCCUGGCGCAGCAAGAGAACGAGAUCGCGGGCAUCGAGAACGACGAGGGCUACGACAUCCUGGAGGGCGGCGAGGUGCCCGACGGCCUCGACCUGGAUGCUGUUGGUGGAGUGGUUAAUGGAGAUGUCUAUCAGGAGAGUAAUGGUCCAACAAACUCCCCUGCUGCCAUAUCCCAAGUAGAUCGACUGCAGUCAGAACCAGAGAGUAUUCGUAAGUGGAGAGAGGAGCAAAAGGAACGCCUGGAGCAACUUGAUGCAAACUCACGAAAGCAGGAAGCAGAAUGGAAAGAGAAAGCAAUAAAGGAGUUGGAGGAGUGGUAUGCAAGGCAAGAUGAAAAGCUCCAGAAAACAAAAGCCAGCAACAGGGUGGCAGAUGAAGCUUUCUACAAACAACCCUUCGCUGACGUGAUUGGUUAUGUCACAAACAUAAAUCAUCCUUGCUACAGCCUAGAACAGGCAGCUGAAGAAGCCUUUGUGAAUGAUGCAGAAGACGUUUUUCCGGGCACUGAGUGGGAACGUGUGGCUCAGCUCUGUGACUUUAAUCCCAAGUCUAGUAAGCAGGCAAAAGAUCUGUCCCGCAUGCGUUCAGUCCUCAUCUCGCUCAAGCAGGCUCCGCUGGUUCGCUGAAGGAAAGCACAAUGGAAACACUACAAAUGCAAUAUCUUAACCUUACUCAGAGAAGCUAUGUUUGCAGUAAUUGGAUUAAUUGUUUCAAUGUUUUUUUGGACCAAACCUCAUGAUGUAUCUAGAGCUGAUGGUUGUUUGAUUGCAUGUUCCUCCUGAUGUUUCCUUUCUGUGUCUGAAAUGGGAGAACCUCCAAAACUGUAGCCUCUGUGCUGUUGUGCACUGAGAUGUCACUUCCCACAUUACUGAUAUUAAAGAUUUGUUAAACAGCAAAAUGUGUUGACUUUGGAUGAAUUAAGGUCACCUGUUCCCUUUCAACAGGGAAUGUUUGAAUUGAGUGUGAGGAAAAUGUUUCCUGUAAUUGCUAGUGAUUUCACCUUGCUGGUGACUAACGAGCCAGUAGUGCUCCUGGUCUCUGAGAGGCUGUCCUGCUUGUCUAUAAGCUUUCUUAAAGCUCUUGAGAGCUUUAGUUUAAAAACUGCUUCCCUGUACAAUUUAUCACAUAAGAUAGAAGGUCUAGGAAACUGGAGCAGCAGGCUUGUUAAGGAGCUUAUCUCACUUCUAGUGGAACUGAGGACACUGCCUUCUGCAGGUAAGCACUUCUGUGUAGCACUGCUGUUGCACCAGCUGCAGAUCUUGGGCUAAAAAUACAGUACAGGGCACUGAGUAGUUAAAGCCCGUGAUAUUCGCUGCAUAUUCUACUCUGCCAUGUAUUCAACACUGGCUUUAUGUGCAAAGUCCUGUUUUGUAGAGGCUGUUUGGAUGUUUUUGAACUGUAUCCUUGUCCUCACUGGCUCUUGCAGACACUUUCUCCUACCAGGGUGGUGAACUGGAGGUUUGGAGAGCAAGAGACAGGAAGACUUGCUCUUACUGCUGCUCAUCUACUGGGCUGGAGCUCUGUCUGCCAAGGUGGUUGGAUUUAAAACAAACUGAUUCAGAAAAUCUCUGUUCUGCUGCUUCCUUGGCUCUCUCAUCUCACCCAGCAUUCACAGGGGGCUGUGUUCUAGCCUUGCUCUGGUAAGACUUACCUUAGCUGUCUGUCUUCUAAGAAUAGUCUAGUCAGUCUCAUACAUUAUCUCACCAUUUUUAUCAAAGGUACAGUAGCUUAACUAGUGUGUAGCAGAAUUGCUGUAAUACAAACUAUAUACAAGCUGGAAGGUUAGUCCAGCCAGUUUGAAGAGGGCUGCAGUUGCAGAUGAAAACUUAGUAAGAUUCAGGGAGUAGCUGCACAGCAACUGUCUUACUAGCAGCUGUGUCCCUUUGGUGGAUAAGGCACUGAAUAAAUGGUUGCCAGUUGGGCUUCAAUAGUUAAGCUGUACCUUACUGUUGUCUGUAGUGACUGGAGCUGUUCUCAUGUUUGCAAGCGUAUUCACAAGGUAAAGUGUGAUGUGUGAAGAGGGGAUGAAAAUGAUACUAGACUGCAUGUCUGGAAGCUUGAUUCUGCGGAAGAUUGAAGCAGGAACGUAUUUUCUGAAACUGCACGGGGGUACCACAGGUAUCUUCUACUAACCCCGAAGCUCUACAAACACAGGCUACUAAAAUGGUCAUUUAAUAAAGAAAAGUCCACUGUAUUAAAUAUACAAUGUUUAAAGUGUUAAUUUGAAUUUCCUGUAACUGGAAUGUUCAGCAAAUUAGAGGCGUUCCUGCACACUGAGUUAUGGAACUGAUUAAUCACUGUGUUGACUUGUCUUAGUGCUAAGGGCAUGGUUUCCAGCUGCAAUCCAAGAAAAUGGACGAAGAUUCAAUGUUACAGAAGUUAAAACAGUGUUUUAUAUGCUGGGUUUGCAGGGGCUAACAGUGUGUCUGCAGUUUUUUUGUGUGUACACUGUCUAGCUGGAACACUUAACAAGCAGCUCUGUGGGUUUUGGUUACCUCCUCUAGCUCUUGUGCUGAAAUUUUGUAGAUUCUCU